AUGGCGACAGCCGACGAGCGGAAUGCCCGCGCGAUUCACACCGCGGCCUGCCUCAUUAUCGGGGACGAGGUCCUGGGAGGGAAGACGGUCGAUACCAACUCGGCAUACAUGGCCAAAUGGUGCUUCUCACUUGGUAUUAACCUCAAACGCGUUGAAGUCAUUGCCGAUGACGAAAGCGAGAUCAUCGAGGCUGUUCGCCGGAUGAGCGAUAACUACGACUUUGUGGUCACGAGCGUUCGACCUCCCCUGGUCCUUCAUCAAGCGGCGUACGACAGGAUGCGCAAGAUAUCGGUGCCCCACCCCUCUCAACCCAACUUCAACUGGGAUGAAGACUCACCAGUCAAGACAGCGAGGCUGAGAAUGGUUCAGCUUCCGCUUGAUGAGAAGCGAGACCUCGAGAAGCAGGUCCUCUUCCCUCACGAGGAUCUCUGGGUCCCCGUCGCCGUCGUGAACGGCAAUAUCCACAUCCUUCCCGGCGUGCCCAAGCUCUGGCAAGGAAAUCUUCCGGGUCAUUGUCGCUACACCCUCGCCGAGAGUCUCGUGGCUGGAUAUCUCACCACCCUCGCCGCGCAGGUGGAGCCGAAAGGUGUCAAGGUCGGAAGCUAUCCGAGGUGGGGUGAAAGCCAUAACACGGUCACCUUGGUCGGAAGAGACAGGGACUUCUUGGAGAGCCUGGUCCCGGAGGUGGAAAAGAACGUGCAAGGCAAGCGAAUCGAGUCCGAGGAUGUUCUCGACGGCUCAAAGGCCGAAAACACGGCAGACGUGUCUUGA